CUUCCGGGGUCUGUAGCUGGAGCGCCGGAGUAAGAGCAGGAUCAGCUGAACCUCAGAAGAAAUGAAGAAUAUUCUCCUGAAAUUCAUAUUUAAAUAAGAGCAAUGUUAAACUGCUGAAAGAGGUGAAGCAGAAUCCGUCCUGAAGAAUCUCCAGAACACACAGAAAUUGUUUGAUACAUUUAACUGACAAAUGAAGCCAAGUCUCGACAUGGAGAAACAUCAGCACUCUGUCAAGACUUUUACUCAACAGAGUAAUCUCAAAAAACACCAGCGCAUUCACACAGGAGAGAAACCGUAUCACUGCUCAGAUUGUGGGAAGAGAUUUACUAUACAGAGUACUCUGAAAAUACACCAGCGCAUUCACACAGGAGAGAAACCGUAUCACUGCCCAGACUGUGGGAAGAGUUUUACUAAACAGAGUAAUCUCAAAAAACACCAGCGCAUUCACACAGGAGAGAAACCGUAUCACUGCUCAGACUGUGGGAAGAGAUUUACUAUACAGAGUACUCUGAAAAUACACCAGCGCAUUCACACAGGAGAGAAACCGUAUCACUGCCCAGACUGUGGGAAGAGUUUUACUAAACAGAGUAAUCUCAAAAAACACCAGCGCAUUCACACAGGAGAGAAACCGUAUUACUGCACAGACUGUGAGAAGAGUUUUAAUCGACAGAGUACUCUCAAAAAUCACCAGCGCAUUCACACAGGAGAGAAACCGUAUUACUGCUCAGACUGUGGGAAGAGUUUUACUAAUCAGAGUAAUCUCAAAAGUCACCAGCGCAUUCACACAGGAGAGAAACCUUAUCACUGCUCGGACUGUGGGUUGAGUUUUACUCAACAGCAUACUCUCAAAAACCACCAGCGCAUUCACACAGGAGAGAAACCAUAUUCCUGCUCAGACUGUGGGAGUAGUUUUACUAAACAGACUACUCUCAAAAUGCACCAACGCAUUCACACAGGAGAGAAACCGUAUCACUGCUCAGACUGUGCGUUGAGUUUUACUCAGCAGAGUACUCUGAAAAAUCACCAGCGCAUUCACACAGGAGAGAAACCGUAUUCCUGCUCAGACUGUGGGAGUAGUUUUACUAAACAGUGUACUCUCAAAAAACACCAACGCAUUCACACAGGAGAGAAACCAUAUCACUGCUCAGACUGUAGAAGGAGUUUUUCUGAACAGGGUAAUCUCAAAAAACACCAGCGCAUUCACACAGGAGAGAAACCGUAUUACUGUUCAUACUGUGGGAGGAGUUUUACUCAACAGAGUAAUUUCAAAAUACAUCAGCGCAUUCACACAGGAGAGAAACCGUAUCACUGCUCAGACUGUGGGAAAAGUUUUACUAAACAGAGUAAUCUCAAAAAACACCAGCGCAUUCACACAGGAGAGAAACCAUAUUACUGCUCGUACUGUGGGAGGAGUUUUACCACACAUAGUGAUCUCAAAAUACAUCAGCGCAUUCACACAGGAGAAAAACUGUAUCACUGCUCAGACUGUGGGAAAAGUUUUACUCAACAGGGUCAUCUCAAAAAACACCAGCGCAUUCACACAGGAGAGAAAACUAUUGCAAAUUUGUUCCACGGCAAUUAAAAGAGCAAAUCAUCUUUAGAACAGAACACCUUAUCCUACACAAAUGUUUCACUUUGUCACUUAGGACACGUUCCACCAGAAACAAACAUGAACUGAAUUUAACAAUGGAUUUUACAGGUUCAGCAAAAGGUUGCAGGCUCAUUCACUCCCUCUGCUGGUGUUCUCGUUUGUCUAUGGUUCAGUCUGAUUUAAAAUCUGUUACCAUAGAGGGAUAAAGAUGAAUAUUUGGUUGCGUUUUAAUACUCAAGUUUUAUACUCUCUAAUCAUUCCCUUAUUGAAUAUUAUAUGUUGCUGAAGGUUUUUUUUAUCCUCCAAAUUUACUAAGAACAUCCAAAUCAUGUAGUUUCUUAAUGGUUUUUAUCCACUACAAACUAUUAUCUUUGUAUUGCUUCACCUCUAUAUUUACUCAUCUGUGUUUUAAUAAAUGGAUUUUAUAAUGCA